UUGAAACACCAGAAGAAGAGUGACCGGAAGUACGUCUUUUACACUAACAACGAUAAGAAAUGAGAAGUAUUGUGUUGUAUUUUUAGACUACGAGUUAUUUUUCUGUAACAUUUGCAGUAAUCUCAUCUUCUUGAGUUCGGUUCAUCUGUACCAGUUCCGUAUCUAUUAUUUUAAGGAAACUUUAGCUAACAGAGAUGAGGAGAUCAGGCUGAACAACGACGAGAGGAACUGGAUACUGAAGAAAUGUUGGAGUUUCUGGAAACAACAGUCGCAAAUUAUAAAGAGGAACGAUGAGUUUAAAGGACAAACUGCAACACAACAAAACCCAAGAUGCUGUUUUCAACCCAGAAGUUCUGCUUCACAGAUCAGAUGUUCAGCAGAUGGUGCUGAUUAAAGAAGAAACUCCUGAAGUACGGAUGCUUGGUGUGGACCAGCAGGAUCCAGAGACCCUCAACAUAAAGGAGGAAGAGGAGGAACUGUGGACCAGUCAAGAGGGAGAGCAGUUUUGUGUGAAAAAAGAGACUGAUGACUCCGGGUUUGCAUUCACUGCUGUUCCUUUGAAGAAUGAGGAAGAUGAAGAGAAACCUCAGUUUUUACAGCUUCAUCAGCACCAAGUAAAAGAGGAAGAUGUUCCAACCAGCAGCUCAUCUGACCAGAUGAAAGCAGCAACUGGUGGAGAGGACUGUGGAGGAACAGAGACUACCAGGAACCCAGAUCUAAAUACUUAUAGAGAUGAUUGCAGCUCUUCAGAGACUGAAGUCAGUGAGGAUGAUGAAGUUGAUGAUGUGAAUGACUCUGACUCUCAGCUAAAAGACUUUUCAGACUCUGGGUCAGAACCUGAAGACAGUGACAAAGACUGGAAGGAGAGCAGAGCUCCUGAGUCAGACGUAAACACUGUCAACAAAUCUUGCAGCUUCACUGAGCAUGGGAAACAAUUUCACAAGACAAGUCAGUCAAUGAUGUCUUCAAGUUGUUUGGUUGUCAAGGAAUGUUUUGAAGUGAAGAAAAGUGGAGGCUCAGUCGAGAAAAAACAGUCAAGACAGAACUCAUUUAGUUGUGAAGACUGUGGGAAAACAUUUAACAGAAAGGGUAAUCUAAAGAGACACGUGAUAAUUCACACAGGAGAGAAAGAAUUUGUUUGUGAUCUUUGUGGACAAAGGUUUGGACGGAAGUCAACUUUAAACACGCACAUGAUAGUUCACACAGGACAGAAAGCAUUUGCUUGUGAUCUUUGUGGACAAGGGUUUGGACGGAAUACCGGUUCUAGUAGGCGGGGUCCAGAAUCCAACAUGCAUUACCAGAUGGUGGCGGUAGUGCGCCAUUAA